GUUUACGGAAAAGGAAAACAUGAGCUGAAAACUUCAUCGUUAUAAGUAGUUUUUAAGGCUGCUAGCGUUUGGAUGCACAAACAUGCUCCGUGUGUUUGUGCUCUUGAUUUUUAACGUGAACGCUUACUGCAUGUAUCUGAACUGGACAUCACAUGACAGACCAAACAUAGUCAUGAUCAUGUCUGACGCCUUCGAUGGUAGGUUAACCUUUCAACCAGGCAAUAAAGUUGUACAACUCCCUUACAUCAACUAUAUGAGGGAAUUGGGUUCUGUUUUUCUGAACUCAUACACAAAUUCACCCAUCUGCUGUCCGUCCAGGGCAGCCAUGUGGAGUGGACAGUUUGUGCAUUUGACACAGUCCUGGAACAACAAUAAAUGUCUUCAUCCCAAUGCCACAACAUGGAUGGACGACUUAAGAAAGAGUGGUUACCACACUCAUAGCAUGGGGAAACUAGACUACACCUCUGGCCAUCACUCUGUCAGUAAUCGAGUGGAGGCCUGGACCAGGGAUGUUCCUUUCCUGCUGAGACAGGAAGGCCGUCCGGUCACAGAUCUUGUGGGUGAUGCGUCCACAAAGAGGGUGAUGAUUAAAGACUGGACCAUCACUGAUGCUGCUGUCCAGUGGAUACGAAACACUACAGCAUCUCUCACGCAGCCGUUUGCACUGUACCUGGGGCUGAAUCUUCCCCAUCCAUACCGCACCGACUCACUGGGACCCACAGCAGGAGGCUCUACUUUCCGAACCUCCCCGUAUUGGCUAAACAAGGUUUCUUACAAUCAAGUGUCUGUUCCAAAGUGGCUGCGGUUUGAAGAUAUGCACCCUGUGGAUUACUACUCCACCGUCACUAAAAAUUGCAGUGGCCACUUCACAGAAGAAGAGAUCAGAAACAUAAGAGCCUUUUAUUAUGCAAUGUGUGCUGAAACAGACGGCAUGUUGGGUGAAGUAAUGGCGGCUCUCAGAGACACUGGCUCGCUGAACAAGACAGUCGUUCUUUUCACGUCAGAUCACGGCGAUCUAGCCAUGGAACACAGGCAGUUUUAUAAGAUGUCCAUGUUUGAGGGCAGCUCUCAUGUUCCUCUACUUAUAAUGGGCCCAGGAGUGAAGUCUGGCUUUGAAGUCAGUCUACCGGUGUCACUGGUGGAUAUAUAUCCUACUGUGCUUGAUCUUGCUGGUGUCCCACAGACAGGGGGCCUCAGUGGUCACUCGCUGAUCCCUCUGAUAUCUCAAGUCAGCAUUCAUUCAGCUGAGCCUCAUCCUGCCUGGGCGUUCAGUGAAUAUCAUGGUUGCAAUGCCAACACCUCCACUUAUAUGCUGAGAAUUGCUGAGUGGAAGUAUAUCGCAUAUGCAGAUGGCUUGAUUGUUCCUCCGCAGCUCUUCAACUUGUCCAAAGAUGAGUCAGAAUUGAGAAACGUUGCAUCACAAUUCCCUGAUGUUUGUCAGGAUUUGGACAAGUUGCUACGAUCUAUUGUGGAUUACCCCAGUGUUUCAAAAUCUGUUCACCGCUACAACAAGCAGCAGUUUCUGGAAUGGAAGCAAAGUCUGGGGGACAGUUACUCUCAGGUCAUAGCCAGCCUACGAUGGCAUAUUGACUGGCAAAAAGAUGCCAAGUCUUAUGAGAGAGAUAUUGAUGAGUGGCUGUUAGGGUUGGACUGAACAUCCGUUUUUUUGUCUUUUCGUAUUACAUGAAACUUCGGAGGAAAUGCGGAUAGUGUGAUGAUGCAAUGUCGUUAAUCAAAUUAAGUGCUAUAACAUGUAAAAUGAGAUCAUGCAAGGAACAUUCAAAAAGCAACACUUGUAAACACCUUAAUCAUAUUAUUGUCUUAUUCAGGUAAAGGCAAAUCAUUCCAUUACUAAUAUCCAUGUAAACAAAUAUUCACUGUGGUCUGGUUUGCUACCCAGACAGUGUACUUGAAGCACAGUUUGCAUCACAUAAGGCUUAGGAUAAUGUCUGUGGUUGCUUAAUUAGUUGCGCUUUACUUGUGAAAUUACAUUUCAAGAUGUGAUUUAUCAUGUUUCUAAAGAUAUUAAUUUAAUUAUUUAAAUAAAUGCUCAACCCUUAGAACAA